AUGAGCUACGAUGAUCCAAACUCAGUUUUAUCGAGAUCACGUCCAAUUAAUCCAUAUCUAUACGGACUUAAUAUCAAUUCAUUGAAUAAUACAGCUCCUCUUUAUAACAAUUCUUUCACGCAUAUAAAUCGUAUUGGUGGUGGAUCACCGAGUGGUGAAAGAAGUGAAGUUGCAAACUUAAGUGAGAAAGUUAUUGCUAGACUUGUUCAUUUAAGUUUAUUUUCAAAGAAAAAAGAAAUUCAGAAAAAUGUUAUUACAAAUUAUUAUGAUGCUAAUGCUGUCUUUGAGAAUCCGAUUUUGCUGGUUGAAUCACAUGAUCAGAUUAAAAAUCAAUUUCUCUUGCUUUCCACGUUCUUUUAUUCCAUAACACCUGAAAUACAAUCAAUUACUAAUAGCGAAAUAGCUGGAAAUCAUCAUUUGGUUUGCAUCGAUGCCUUGAUUAGAUAUCGUCUUCCUCUUCGCAUCCCUCCAUUUCCGUGCUUGCGUAUGAUAUUUGGCAAAACUAAUCAAUGUUUUAACAACGAAUUUAUUCUGCGUAUAAUUUCAAGGUUUGAGUUCAAUGAGCAACAUAAAAUUGUUAGACAUGAGGAUAUUUGGAGUUUAAAAGAUUUGGUGGAAUCUUUACCGAUUAUUGGUUGGAUGUAUGCAGAAAUUGCAAGGAAAGUUACGGGAAUGGUUACCGGAGGUGUUGUUAUUGCUGUUAAAGGAUUGAGAGGUGCUUCUCCAAAACUGGUGGAAACUUAUAUACAAUGUAUGGAUAAUGAAUCGAAAUGUCAAUUGAAACGCGAAUGUAAAAUACUAAGACGAAAGAUAUCUUCAAGAAUUCAGCCAAAUUUUGAUUAUGCUAGAUACUUGAGAAGGAUCGCUACAAAUGAUUUAUGGGAAAGUGUUCGGAAAUGGGUUAAUAAUAAAGAAUCUAAAACUUCACCCACUCUUAAUCCUUCUAACACUAAAGAAAACACAAAUACAAACAUUUAUUCAUCAAGUAAUAAACUAUCUUCAUCUUCCACUUUUCAUGAUCAUUUAAUGAGUCCCGAUCAAAAGAUGAUCAUAUGUGUGGUAAAAGAAUUGAGUUUGUUGUUUAAUAAGCAAUGUUCGGCAUUUGAUCAAUUGACAUUUAAUACUGAUCAUGAUGAGGUUAUAGGUUUUUAUUUAUUAAGAUGCUUACCACAAAUACGAGAAUUUAAUUAUUCUGGAUGGGGAAAUAAAGAAAGGAAUUUGGAUGUUGCUACUAGAUCAAGCAAUUGUCAAAAUUUGAGAAAAUUAAUUAUAGAAAAGGUUUCGACAGAAUCUAAACGAGGUGUAUAUGGUUUGAAAUAUGGUGGUAUUGGAAGGCUUGAACCAAUAACGACCUACUUUCCUAUACCAAAUCCCAUCAGACCGCAAAGGCAUACGGGCCUUCGUGGUAGUGUCGCUCGUACAAACGCAAUGAUCAAUGAUUUAAUAUUAUCAUCACCGUAUGUACGACAUAAUACAUAUAAUAUCACUGAAAAUAUAGAUAUAGGAACGACAAAUUUAUUGGAUCCCUUUUAUGAAAUAUUUACUUCUACAUACACCACAGAGACGAAAAUGUCAAAGAAUUUAUCAUCAUCUCGUAAUGAUCCACCCAGAUCAGAAAGAGAACAUCUUGAAAAUUUAAUUAAGUCACAAAAAAAAUUACAAUACAUCUCUAUUUCUUUUUGUGAUUUAAAUUUGAACUUCAUCAAUUCUCUUGAAUCUCAAUCAAGGUCAUUAACUUAUUUAGAGUUUGAUACAAUAACUUUUGAAAGGAAUGUUGACUUGAAAUUGUUUGGAAUUUUUGUAAAUUUAAAAACGUUAAUUUUAACAAAUUGUUCUUGGGAUAAUAAUAUUAUCAGUAACAAACAAAACUCCAAUAAUAUUAAAAGUAAUUAUGAUAACCUCCUUCUUCAACCCUCUUCAACAACGUCUACGAAUAAUGAUCAAGGUGAUUUCAAACAAAAGAAUUGUUGUAGUUACACGAAUUCUACGGAUAGUUAUUCUUCUUAUAACAAAUCUGAUGAUCCUUACUCAACAUCAUCAUUGUUUUUCCUAUCAUUACAGACAUUGAGCGUUCGAGCAUCAUCAAUUUCUCAAGAUUCCUUAUUGUUUUUGAUAAGAUCCUCUUCUUAUACGCUUCGUUCACUUACAUUGAAUUGUCAACAUGACAUUGAUUUCAAUUUGCUCACCUUUAUAAUCACAUAUUGUCAUCAUAUCAGUGAAUUGGAAUUCUACAUUGAAGUGCAUGAUUUGAUCCGAGCAAUUGUUGAAAAUAAUAAAUUUGAUACCAAAGGGACUGAGGAAAUUGAUUUUUCCUAA